AGCCCUGUCAGUGCAACCAGGGCUGCAUCACCAGCCAGAACAUCUGUGGCAGAACAAUAAAAAAAAGUUGUGUGUUUUCGGGAUUUCAUUUUUAUUGGCCACCAAAGCGGAUUUUUGGACCCCAGCCUCGCUCCGCAUUGGACACAAACGGAGGAGCGCCAGCCGGGAGUUAUGGACCACCACACGUACGCCAAAAGUGGAUCCAAAAAGUGGUCCGCGGAGGAGAAACGCGAAUUGGUGGUGCAGAGAAUCGCGGCGGAUGAGCUGUUCUCCCGGUAUUCCCCCAAACACGCGGAACCAUGGAAGAAAUUCAAGGAUAUGGCCAAGAUCGGCGACUUCAGCGAGAUUGCUCUGCGCAAGCAAUGGUUCUCCAUGGUGCAGCGCUACCGCAUCCACAAGGCCAACGCACUAGGCGUCCCGCUGAACAAGCAGACCAUCGAGGAGCUGAACAAGGAGUGGGAGUUCUUCGGCCUGAUCCACGCCUACAUGAACCAGAAGACCGCCGACCUGCACUCGUAUGCGCUCAAGGAGCCGAAUGUGGAGCCGCCCAACAACAAUCUGGCCAUCGCCAGCGUCUAUUCCUGCGACGAGGCGCAACUUUCGCCCCUGAUGCUGGGCGUGCUCAACGACCACAACUUUGGCGAGCGCUCGCCGCCCAAUGAGGGCGAUACCGACGACAUGGACGACUCCGCGCUGCCCUGCCAUCGGAGCAACAGCAGCACCCAGGCCAACAUCGCCCACGGCAACAACGAUGAGCUGGACAGGCUGCUGGCCGAGGCCACAAUGCGCAAGGAUGCCGGCGGGGGUUGCGAGGAUGCGAGCGAGGACGUCUGCAUGACCACCUGCCACGAGAUGGAGUGCGGCCCGGUGAUGAUCGGCGGCGAGGUCUCCCUCUCCAACAGUCGCUACAACGACUUUGACGAGACCUCCACGUCGACGACGCUCCCGACGCCGGUUGUGAAGACCGAGAAACUGGAGCAGCAGAGCGAGCCGGUGGCCAAAACGCCGAGGAAGCGCCUCCAGCGGAAGGUGCUCAGCGAGAAGGACAAGUAUUACAGGCACCGCCGUCGCUACGAGCAGCGAAUGGAGAAGCGUCUGAUGGGCCUGUGCAUGGUGGUGGGCCAACUGCUGAAGCAAUUUGCGCCCGACCUGGAUGUCCAGCCACUCCUGGCCCUGGGCAGCGACAUGGCCCUCAACUCGCCGGCACCGAGUAGCAGUGACGAGGACGAGGAGGAGCUAGAUGAAGAGCAGGAGGAGCAGGGAGUCGACACGGAUGCGGAUGCCGAUGCGGAUGGCAUGUCACUAAGAAUCUAAGCGGGCAUUCGAAGCAGAGACACUACCCACAUGAUGCUCCUCCAGUCAACUGAUUGAGCUAGUUCCUAUCUGUUUCUCCACAAUGGAAUCGUAUCGUGUGGGCGUUCAAAUCCCAUCUCAAUUGUAUUUCUUAAACAGCGGUUAACGAUAGACACGUUAAGUGAUAACGAAAACUGAAUACAUUAAUUAAAUGAAAGUUGUAAACACUAGAUAAGCAGACAGCAAACCAAAUACAAUACGUAUGGAAAUGUAA